GUUUCCGCUUAAGUGAUGUUGGGUAACUGUUUUGCAAAGAGGCGCGCGCUAUUCAAAACAGUCUGAAAGAACCGCGGGGAAACAGAACGCUGGUUGUGGCAAGUUCCACAACUUUCUAACUUUGUUACGUUUUGGAUAACGUCUGCUUGUGAAGUUAGAAACAUGAUGCCUAGUACUACAAGGAAGCACAGUCGCCCAGCCGAAAGACCUGUCAAGGAUGGAGGAUCUCCCCUGAAAAGAAAGUCACCCCGGCUGCACCAGUCUCCACUAAAGAAGAUGUCAGCCAGACACCAGGAGAAGGGGAACUGCCCAUCCCCUCAGAUAUCACCAGCUCCAUCUCCCCUAAAGAUUGCUCAGAAGAGAGCCUCUCCAUUCCAGCCUGCUGUGGUUACAGGGUCCUUCUAUGGUAAACGCAAACCUUUGUACCUGACACCCCUGGAGAGGAAGACGCUGAAUGAGACCAAAUCACUGCCAAGGCUGACCACUGUGGAUCCGUAUGGAGGACUGACGGAUGCUGAGAAAAAGAGGAUGAUUAACAGUAACAAGGUCAAGAAAGUGGCCGCUGUACACAGAAUGAAGACUGGCUUAAAGGGAAGCGGCAACUUCAAAUCAAGCCUGAUCAAUUCCUCAAAGCCUAAAGCACCCACCAGCACAAAGCAAGUGGAGCCGAAAAAAGGCAUCCCCUUGACCUUUGGCGGUUUAAAGUCUAAGCCCAAGCCUAAGAUCUUCGUUGGGGCUGCCUUUUUCAGCACAGGAAAAAAGCCAGCCUCCAUGUACAAAAAGUCUGCCCCGAAAUCUACCAAGCCAGCUUUGAGUUUUGAGAAAACAAAUGCUCUGGUUCAUGCGUCAGAGAGAAAACAAGAGAAAAAACAAAAAGCCCCAUCUCCAAAGCGAUGUGCUGUUGUAGUGAAGAAACUGCAGGAAGAGCUGCAGUCUCCACCCAGUGUCCAGGAUUUGCUAAAGAGUCCAGAGUCAGGAUCCCCAGAAAUAAACACUCAGGAGGACUUUAUCACGGAUGCAGGCUCUCAUGCAGUGUUUGAUCUCAGUGAUAUUAGCCCAUUAACCUGUAUCAGCAGUCCAGUCAAAGACUCCUUAGCCGAUUCUGUAGAAUCCUCAGCUGUGUGUGCAAUCUUUGGAUCUGAAUCAAAGAGGCCCCAGAGGAAAGCAGCUCAGGCCUCUCUAAUGAAUUGCAGCACCCCCUCUUCCCUUGGUCACCCCAUUCCCUCUGCUGCUAAAGAGAGGAGAGCCAGGAAGAAGAGAGACAUGAAUAAACAGGCUGAGGCUGAUGAUCAACUCAUCAUUGAUGCAGGCCAGAAGCAGUUUGGUGCCACCACGUGUGGGUCAUGUGGCAUGAUCUACAGCGCAGACAGCCUGGAAGACAACUUCCAGCACACACAGUUCCAUAAGCGUUUUCUGGACAGUAUUAAGUUUGUGGGCUGGAAGAAAGAGAGGGUGGUAGCAGAUUUCUGGGAUGGAAAAAUCAUUCUGGUUCUACCAGAUGAUCCAAAAUACGCUGUCAGAAAGGCAGAAGAUGUGAGGCAACUUGCUGACAAUGAGUUGGGCUUCCAACAAGUGUCCCUCAGCUGCCCCAGCCAGACUAAAACCUAUCUGUUUGUGAACAGUGACAGGAUGGUCGUCGGCUGCCUCAUUGCAGAGCACAUACGACAGGGCUUCAGAGUGCUGGAGCAGCCAGAGCAGACUAAGGACAUGACCAAGGAGGAUUUCAUGGAGCACCACAGGGUCUGGUGCUGCUCUAUCACCCCAGAGAAGGCCAUCUGUGGGGUCAGCCGCAUCUGGGUGUUCAGUCUGGCCCGUAGGAAGGGCAUCGCCACAAGGAUGCUCGACACCGUCCGAAACUCCUUUAUGUAUGGGGGCCACCUGACCAAGGAGGAAAUCGCCUUCUCUGACCCUACCCCAGACGGCAAACUGUUCGCCACAAAGUACUGCGAGACGCCUGCGUUUAUGGUCUACAAUUUAAUUGGUUAAGGCUGAAAUUACAUUUGACAUAUUUUGGUCCUUUAAUGAGUAUGUGUUAAACGUAGGAAAAUAUACAUUUACAUUAUCACACUGUCACCACUUAAAUGGACAUACAUGCAUAAUUUCUAAUCACACAUUUUAAAGCCCAUUUCAUAGAGAAUGCUAAACUGGACAAUAUGUAGUAACUUACUUUGAAGAGAUGGUGAUUGAUCUCUUCUACAUCUUGUACAUAGUUUGAAUAAAAUCUUUACCUCUUAUCACA